GGUUUGGCUCCUUCAUAACUCCUGCUGAGAAGAUGCCCAGAACCUGGUCAAUCAUUGCGUGCACGUCCAGCCAUACACGUCCUUGUCAUUCUCUCUUCAGAUUCUCCACAUUAAGAAAAAGUUCACUCAAAUGAGUUUUUAUCUCUCGCCCCUUUUCUUUCAUCCUCACAAGAAGGGUCAUUCAACUUAUCUUCUCUUUUGCCAACCCUUUCUUUUUUUUUCAUUCCCCAUCAGAUGUCUGAUGGUGUUUCUCGGAAACCUCGCUCGCCUCCGCCGCCCCCCGAGAGCUCGUCGUCGCCCUUGCGUGUCGAGAUGGUGCCGAGGUUGGUCUCCGACAGGCUCCUCCAGAAAUUUUUCGACGCGUCCGAGUUCGACUUCGAUUACGAGCAGAGCGGGCUGUGGUCUCCCCCCGUGAGGAGGACUGUGUUCUUGAGCUCCCCCGGGGACAUAUUCACGGAGCGCGAGAUCAGCGAGAUGAGCACGAAGCUUGGGAGCUUAACGGAUGUCAAGCACCGACGCCGGCGACAGCGCAAACUUUGGUUUAAGUGCCUCAUGCAUUCAACUUCACCAUGAUCCUGUAAGCAAACUUUUCCCCUUUCAUGACCGCAUAGCCUACUGAAUAAGCAACCUCCAUGCACCAUCGACCGGAGUCGAAGCCUGAGCAUCUCCCUAACACCAUCGAUCAAGUAAGACUGAAGUCGAAGUCUGAAUAAGCGGUUCAAACAUGAGAUUGUCUUCAUUUGCUUGUGCGAGGAAUCCAACAACGUGGCACGGGCUUAAUCCAUUUACUAUAUCGAUCAGGAAAGACUGAAGUCAAGUCUGAAAGAGGUGUUU